CCCCCCCACCCGCUGCCAUGAGCGAGUUGGAGCAGCUGAGACAGGAGGCCGAGCAGCUCCGGAACCAGAUCCGGGACGCGCGGAAAGCAUGCGGGGACUCCACGCUGACCCAGAUCACAGCCGGGCUCGACCCCGUGGGGCGGAUCCAGAUGAGGACACGGCGGACCCUGCGCGGACACCUGGCCAAGAUCUACGCCAUGCACUGGGGGACGGACUCCAGGCUCCUGGUCAGCGCCUCCCAGGAUGGGAAACUAAUCAUCUGGGACAGUUACACCACCAACAAGGUCCACGCCAUCCCGCUCCGCUCCUCCUGGGUGAUGACCUGCGCCUACGCCCCGUCCGGGAACUUCGUGGCGUGCGGGGGUCUGGACAACAUCUGCUCCAUCUACAGCCUCAAAACCCGCGAGGGCAACGUGCGAGUCAGCCGCGAGCUGCCCGGGCACACCGGCUACCUUUCCUGCUGCCGCUUCCUGGAUGACAACCAAAUCAUCACCAGCUCUGGGGACACCACCUGUGCACUGUGGGACAUCGAGACGGGGCAGCAGACGGUGGGCUUCGCCGGGCACAGCGGGGACGUGAUGUCGCUGUCGCUGGCCCCCGACGGGCGCAGCUUCGUGUCCGGGGCCUGCGACGCCUCCAUCAAGCUGUGGGACGUGAGGGACUCCAUGUGCCGGCAGACCUUCACGGGCCACGAGUCCGACAUCAACGCCGUGGCGUUCUUCCCCAACGGGCACGCCUUCACCACGGGGUCGGACGACGCCACGUGCCGCCUGUUUGACCUGCGGGCGGACCAGGAGCUGCUCAUGUACUCGCACGACAACAUCAUCUGCGGCAUCACCUCCGUGGCCUUCUCCCGCAGCGGCCGCCUCCUCCUCGCCGGCUACGACGACUUCAACUGCAACAUCUGGGACGCCAUGAAGGGCGACCGCGCAGGCGUCCUCGCCGGCCACGACAACCGCGUGAGCUGCCUGGGCGUGACGGACGACGGGAUGGCGGUGGCCACGGGCUCCUGGGACUCCUUCCUCAAGAUCUGGAAUUAGCCGCCCGCGCCCCUUGCCCCCCAACCCGCUUGCCCCCUCCCGAGCCCGGGGCUGGGGGGGAAGGGC